AUGCCCAUUUUUGACGACAUCAGGAAUCGUGUCUCGCCACGACCACGUGCGAUGCUGGUUUCAAAACUUGUCAAACCUGAUCUGCCCGACAACCUCACCCACGCACUGCUACAACUCUUUAUGUCUCCAAGAAGCAAACGGAGACGCACAGGAGACCGCUGCCAUGGCACAGGCUGUGGCCAGCCCGAUUGUGGCGAUUGCCACCGCGAUGAGGAUGCCGACGCCGGCCAGCAGCCGCUGCACACCACCGGGCCUGCCCAGCCCUCGCCCCCGACACAGAGCCCAUCACCUGGCCUGGCGGCCAUGAUAGCCGCCCUGGAGGAGAAGGCGCUGCGGGACCUGCUCCUGCAGAGCGCAGCGUCCAGCCAGGAGAUCCAGCGUUCGAUCAAGGACGCCUACCAGCGACAGGUGGCGAGGCCACAGCCGCCGCCGCUACUCCCGCAGCCGCUCCUCAGCGCGCAGACCACGCGCCCGGCCGUGCCGCUGUCGCAGAUGAGGCCCGUCACCAACUUCGACCACUACAGCAAGUCGGCUUGGCACGCCCUCAACGACCGCGAGCUGCUCGGCCUCAGCGGCAGCCGCCAGUACACCAUGGCCGGGGACGUCUACAGCGACAUCUGCGACUGCGUCAACGCAAUCGACGAGAUGACCAAGGACGACGCCCCGCUGGGGACCAAGCAGAACGCCAUCGAGACCCUGCGCAAGAUCGCCAAGACCAUCAUCCUCGGCGAGGACACGGUCGGGUACGAGGUCCGCAAGGAGCUGCAGAACGACUCGCACAUAUCCGAAAUCAUGAUCCGCAUCACCGAGAGCAUGACCCCCGAGGAGAGGUUACGUACCGGCCGGAAGGCGGAUGCGAAGGGGACACUGAUCAGCAAGUUGGAGUGGGUGAGGGACGAGGCGGAGGGGCACUGUUUGAAGGACUUGGAGGGCUUCGGCAGAGUCCUGGAGCUGAUGAAAACGGGCUUUGCCUCUACUCACGGCAGCUCAACAGCUCCCAUUGACCUCACCAGCUAG